AUGCAACCACUCUUUCGGCCGCGACGAGCAAUAUGGCAACGGCGGCGGUCACUUAUAGCCGCACUCCCACUCCCACUCUCAGAUCAACCACACUCUUUCCCUAUUCCAGCGUCAGUGGCAGUUUCAAUACCAGCGGCACGACGGCACCUGCUGACCACUUCGAGAACGAGGGGACCUUCUCAGCCUCCCCUUCUUGAAGAGACAGUGGGCGAUAACUUUGCCCGGAUCGUCUCUGCGCACGGGGACCGCCAUGCCGUCGUCUCCAGACACCAGCGCAAGCGUCUGACCUACAACGAGCUGGACCUUAAUAGCAAUGUGCUGGCACGGGGUCUACAAAGUCUAGGAGUCAAGAAAGGCGAUCGAGUGUGCGUUUCUUUGGGAAACAACCUCGAAUUCGCAACGAUAACAUAUGCCUUGUUCAAACUGGGCGCAAUCUUGGUUCCGCUGAACCCAGCGUUCACGGCGGCCCAGAUGAUCUCGGCCUUCAACCACUUGUCGGCGACCCAUCUGGUGAUCGGGACCGAAACGAAUCUCCCGUUCAAGCCUCCCCGGUCGAAUGUUCCUAUACUCGAAGCGAUAGUUCCAGACCUGACCGCCGCAACCCUCGCUUCGGAAGCGAUCCCGUCUCUGAAGAACAUAAUUCUGGUGGACAAUUCGUCCGGGCGAGUAGACGCAGCCGAGUUCCGCGCGACAAGACCAUGGUCCUCGAUCUCCCAAGACACGGACACGCGCCCGCCUACGCCGGACGCCCCACUAUCAAAUCGUGAAGUGGUCAAUAUCCAGUUCACGUCGGGCACGACAUCCAUGCCCAAGGCCGCUUGUCUUUCUCACCGGUCGAUUCUCAACAACGGGCAGCAAAUAGGCGAUCGAAUGCUUCUCACACCAGACGACGUCGUAUGUUGCCCACCCCCACUGUUUCACUGCUUCGGCUGUAUUCUAGGCUACAUGGCCACGGCCACACAUGGCUCGAGCAUAGUGUUCCCGACUGAGGCUUUCGAUCCACUUGCGGCUCUCAAGGCGGUCCAAGAAGAAAAAGCCACGGCCCUGUACGGCGUGCCAACCAUGUUCCUGUCUCAACUCGAGCUCAUCGACGACGGGGUGAUCGCGAAUGAAGGUUUCCAAUACCUUCGCACAGGCAUCGCCGCGGGGUCUUCCAUUCCUGCUGAGUUGAUGAAGAAGCUCCACAGGGUGCUCAAUCUGACUGAAUUGACCAUUUGCUACGGCAUGACGGAGACAUCGCCUGUGUCCGCAAUGACCACGACUGACGACCCGAUAGAAAAGCGCAUCAACACCGUCGGUCGACUCCUUCCGCACGUCGAAGCCAAAGUCGUCGACCCCUUUAACCAUGAUCGUGUCCUCGGUAUUGGCGAACGAGGUGAACUUGCCGUGUCUGGAUAUCUCGUCAUGAAAGAGUAUUGGGACCAACCCGAAAAGACGGCCGAGGUUAUGAAGGCUGACGCGGAGGGGAAGGUGUGGAUGCAUACGGGCGACGAAGCGUCCAUGGACGAGGAAGGAUACGUAAGUAUCACAGGGCGGAUAAAGGACCUAAUCAUCCGUGGCGGCGAGAACAUACACCCUCUCGAAGUGGAGAAUUGUCUGUUUGCACACCCGAAGAUUGCUGAGGUUAGCGUCGUGGGAUUGCCGGACCAGAAAUACGGCGAGAUCGUGACUGCUUUUGUGGUCAGAAGGCACCAUUUACCGUCUGGAGAGUCGCCCAUCACGGCGGACGAAGUCAGAGCGUGGGUCAAGGACAGGAUGAGCCAUCAUCUCGUCCCAAAGUAUGUGUUCUUUGUCGAUGAUUACCCAAAGACGGCGAGUGGGAAAAUUCAAAAGUUCAAGUUGAGAGAACUGGGGGUGAAGCUGCUCGAAAAGGGAGAGGGUCUGAAAUGA